UUGUCUCCGCCUACUUCGCUCGACGCGCGAGAGCGCCGAGGGAAGCUAGGCGGCGGCGAGUGGCGGCGGGCGCGGUGGCUGAAUUGCUUCUGAAGGGAGCCCGAGAUGACCGGUUCUAACGAGUUCAAGCUGAACCAGCCCCCCGAGGACGGCAUCUCCUCGGUGAAGUUCAGCCCCAACACAUCCCAGUUCCUGCUGGUCUCCUCCUGGGACACGUCCGUGCGCCUCUACGAUGUGCCGGCCAACUCCAUGCGUCUCAAGUACCAGCACACCGGCGCCGUCCUGGACUGCGCCUUCUACGAUCCAACACAUGCCUGGAGUGGGGGAUUAGACCAUCAAUUGAAAAUGCAUGAUUUGAACACCGAUCAAGAAAAUCUUGUUGGAACCCAUGAUGCCCCUAUCAGAUGUGUUGAAUACUGUCCCGAAGUGAAUGUGAUGGUUACUGGAAGCUGGGAUCAGACGGUUAAAUUGUGGGAUCCCAGAACCCCUUGUAAUGCUGGGACCUUCUCUCAGCCUGAAAAGGUGUAUACCCUGUCGGUGUCGGGAGACCGGCUGAUCGUGGGCACUGCAGGCCGCAGAGUGCUGGUGUGGGACUUGCGGAACAUGGGCUACGUGCAGCAGCGCCGCGAGUCCAGCCUCAAGUACCAGACGCGCUGCAUCCGAGCAUUCCCCAACAAGCAGGGUUAUGUAUUAAGUUCUAUUGAAGGUCGAGUGGCAGUUGAGUACUUGGACCCAAGCCCCGAGGUGCAGAAGAAGAAGUAUGCCUUCAAGUGUCACAGACUGAAAGAAAACAAUAUUGAGCAGAUUUACCCAGUCAACGCCAUUUCCUUUCACAACAUCCACAAUACUUUUGCCACAGGUGGUUCUGAUGGAUUUGUAAAUAUUUGGGAUCCAUUUAACAAAAAGCGACUGUGCCAGUUCCAUCGGUACCCCACCAGCAUCGCCUCACUCGCCUUCAGUAAUGAUGGGACCACGCUUGCAAUAGCAUCAUCGUAUAUGUAUGAAAUGGAUGACACGGAACAUCCCGAAGAUGGUAUCUUCAUUCGCCAAGUGACAGAUGCAGAAACAAAACCCAAGUCACCAUGUACUUGACAAGAUUUCAUUUACUUAAGUGCCAUGUUGAUGAUAAUAAAACAAUUCGUACUCCCCAAUGGUGGAUAUAUUACUAUUAACAAAGAAGCCAGGGAACAUUUUUUACUUUUAAUAUUAUAAGAACCUGAAAAUAUUGGAAAAGAGGUUUUUUUUUAUUGUUUGUUUUUUUUUUUAAAUACUUUAGCGCAUGAGAUGGUUUGAUGGUUUUUCUGCAUUUAAAGGUAUUUGGGCAAACAGAAGGGGAGGGCAGCAACAGCACUUCUGAGAGUCAGUUUUGACCUUGAUUUUUGUUUCCACUGCGGAAAUAAAUGUUUGUAAAUAAAUGUAGGUAAUAAAGCCCCCUUUGCGUUCUUUCUGGGCCUUAAAUGGUAGAGAAGAAGGCUCUUGAGCCAUUUGUUUCUCUUGCUGGUUAUAGUUGCUAAUUCUAAAGCUGCUUCAGACUGCCUCAUGAGGAGGUUAAUCUACAAUUAAACAAUAUUUCCUCUCGGCCGUCCAUUAUUUUCUGAAGCAGAUGGGUCAUCAUUUCCUGGGCUGUGAAACAAAGCGAGGUUAAGGUUAGACUCUGGGGAAUCAGCUCGUUUUCAAUCUUAUUAGGGUGCAGGAGGAAAACUAAUAAGAAAACCUCCUAACAUCAUUUUGUGACUGUAAACAAUUAUUUAUUAGCAAACAAUUGAUCCCAGAAGGGCAAAUUGUUUGAGUCAGUAAUGAGCUGAGAAAAGACAGAGCAUAUCUGUGUAUUUGGAAAAAUAAUUGUAACGUAAUUGCAGUACAUUUAGACAGGCAUCUAUUUGGACCUGUUUCUAUCUCUAAAUGAAUUUUUGGAAACAUUAAUGAGGUUUACAUAUUUCUCUGACAUUUAUAUAGUUCUCAUGUCCAUUUCAGUUGCCCAGCCGCUGGUGAUUAAGGUUAAAAAGAAAAAAAUUAUAGUGAGAAUGAGAUUCAUUUCAAUGUAAUGCCCUAAAGCAGAACAUGAACUUAGCUUGGCCUAUUCUAGGUAGUUCCAAAUAGUAUUUUUGUUGUCACACUUUUUGUUUUUUUAUUUAUAUUAUUUGAAAAUGUAUGUAUCUGAAUGGUACUUGGAUCCUUCACUGAAAUUUGUGUUAUCCAUGAUGUAUUUUAAAAAUUUUCUUUUGCUACAGAGAGAGGUCUUAUUUUUAUUUGUAAGUAUUUUAGUGAAAACUUAGUGUACAUCUGAACCCAUCUUUUGAAAUGUAUUUUCUUCAUUGCAGGUCCACCUAACCAUCUCGUGAAAGUGGUUUCUCUAUGGAAAGCUUUGUUUUGCUUCCUACCAAUACAUGAUUGUCCCUUAAGGGAUGCGUUUUAGUCAUUGUGGACACAUUAUUUAGUAUGUGAAUUUCUCUGUUCUCUUGUUGGUGUGCCCUUUCCUCCUGACUGUAGGAUGAGGAGUCUUUGUGUCCUUGUGCAGUAGUCUGAAGAAUUGUUUUUCCCUCAGCAAGCCCAGUUGCUGUGUAUGAGCAGCUUGAGCUCUUUCUGUAAAAUAACCUAAACCUGUUAUUUCCAUGCUGUCUAAUAAAUCAGAGAUUCAAAACCCUUAAAUGUUG